CAAGCGCACACACAUCUCGUGGCUAAGCUAGCUAGCAAUGGCUUCCAGCGUGCGGCAGCCAUGGCACCUCCUCCUGAUCGUCCUCCUCCCGUCCUUGGCCACGGCGACGGUGUUCGACAACAACUACGUGCCCUCGUGGGGCGCAGACGGCUACCACCUCGUCGACCAGGGCACGGAGACCCGUCUCACCAUGGACAGAACCUCCGGCGCAGGGUUCCGCUCCAGGUCGACGUACGGGUCGGGGUUCUUCCGCAUGAGGAUCAAGGUGCCCGGAGGGUACACGGCCGGAGUCGUCACAGCCUUCUAUCUGGCGUCGGAAGCACCUUAUGAUGGCGGUGACCGCGACGAGGUGGACUUCGAGUUCCUGGGCAACGUGGACGGCGAGAACAUCACCCUCCAGACCAACGUCUUCGUCAACGGCGACGGCGACAGGGAGCAGAGGCUCAACCUGUGGUUCGACCCGGCAGCCGACUUCCACGAGUACAAGAUACUCUGGAACCCUUACCAGCUCGUGAUAUUGGUGGACGAUGUGCCGAUACGGGUGCUGAGGAACCUGACGGGGCAGGUGCCGGAGUACGAGUUCCCGGCGAAGCAGAUGGGCGUGCGGGCGAGCCUGUGGGACGGCUCCGACUGGGCGACGGACGGCGGCAGGAUCAAGAUCGACUGGGGCCGCGCGCCCUUCACCGCGGGGUUCCGGGGCUUCGACGUCGACGCCUGCGCCAACACCAGCUCGACGCCGUGCGACUCGACGGACCUGUGGUGGAACGCCCGCAGGCACAGGCGGCUGUCCGUCCGGGAGCAGGCGGCCUACGAGCACGUCCGGAGGACGUACAUGAACUACGACUACUGCGCCGACAAGGAUCGGUUCCAGAACGGCAAGGUGCCGGUUGAGUGCAGCUACACUACAUAGCCUGGAUACAUAACUCGGCUGAAGAGGCAAGAUUAAAGAAUACUUAAAUCUGCAGCCACGCUUCGAUUAAGUUCUGAAUUACCUGGCACCAACCAAGCUUAAGGGUUUGGAGUUUGCCGUUGAACUUGAGAACAUCGCACAAAGCCUUUACCCCCUCUGGUCCAAUUGGGUUAUAACUCAACUCCAGCUACAGGUAACAUUCUGAAUCAGUGGAAGUGCCUUAUUUCAUGCAAUAAAAUGGUUUGGAUGAUAUGUUUACUUACUGUUGUUAGCACUUCAUUCUCCUUCAAAGUUUCAGCUAUUGCAGUUACCCCUCGAGAGUGAAUGUUAUUACCACCCUGAAAAAUAAAGGAACUUCAGAGCUCUUGUGCUAAUGACAAAAACUUCAUGGGAACUAAUAGUUUCUGAAGUACAACACAGAGCAACAUGCAACCUUAUUCUGAGAUUAUGUGGUAAUAUGACUUUUUUUAGGAA